AUGGUCCAAGCAGAGUCAUCAGCUGCUGCUGCCCGCAAUGGCCUGCAAGCCUCCACCGCCGGAGCCCCCCCAGACUACGAGCUGCCCUGGGUGGAAAAAUACCGACCUGUUUUCCUCGAUGACAUUGUCGGAAAUACCGAGACCGUGGAGCGUCUAAAAAUUAUUGCAAAGGAUGGAAAUAUGCCUCAUGUUAUCAUCUCGGGCAUGCCGGGUAUUGGGAAAACGACGUCUGUUCUGUGCCUCGCGAGGCAGCUGCUGGGAGACGCAUACAAAGAGGCUGUGCUUGAGUUGAACGCAAGUGACGAACGAGGUAUCGACGUGGUUCGUAAUCGGAUCAAGGGCUUUGCGCAGAAAAAGGUUACUUUGCCUGCAGGACGGCACAAGCUUGUUAUUCUCGAUGAGGCAGAUAGCAUGACCCCCGGAGCCCAACAAGCCCUGCGCCGCACAAUGGAAAUCUACUCGACAACCACCCGUUUCGCCUUUGCAUGCAACCAGUCGAACAAAAUCAUCGAACCGCUACAGUCUCGAUGCGCCAUCCUCCGUUACGCUCGGUUGACCGACGCCCAAGUAGUCAAGCGAAUCUCGCAGAUUUGCGAGGCCGAAAGCGCCAAGUUCUCAGAAGAUGGGAUCGCGGCUCUGGUGUUCAGUGCCGAGGGCGACAUGAGACAGGCAAUCAACAAUCUUCAGAGUACAUGGGCUGGGUUUGGGUUUGUGAGCGGCGAUAACGUUUUCCGUGUGGUGGAUAGCCCGCACCCGAUCAAAGUGCAGGCCAUGAUCAAGGCCUGCUGGGAUGGCAAAGUUGACGCGGCACUGGAGAUUCUGAACGAGCUAUGGGGCCUGGGCUACUCCUCACAUGACAUAAUCAGCACUAUGUUCCGAGUCACCAAGACAAUCCCGUCAUUAUCGGAGCACUCGAAACUCGAGUUCAUCAAAGAAAUCGGUUUCACCCAUAUGCGCAUUCUGGACGGUGUGCAGACUCUGCUGCAGCUCAGUGGGUGCAUUUCGAAGCUGUCAGCAUGGGCUAUCAAAAUAGCAACCGCGGCAGUAGACAAUAGCUGGCAUCCGCCCGAGACCAGCGCCAUCAGCGAUCUCGAUCUCAACCUGGACAGCGAUGGUGUAUUUGGCUUCAUAUUCAAUUCAUCGAACACCCCAGACGAGAACUACGGACAGUACAACUACUGCAAUAUGCCGCAUGUGCGGAGGCGUGAGUAUGAGAAAGCGCCAGAGGGGUAUGAGCUCGUAUAUGUUGAAGUAAUCCAUCGCCAUCAUAAAAGAACACCAUAUCAAUCCAAUACUUUUCCAACAGAAGAAUAUGCCUGGAAUUGCAAUGACACACACUUAUAUUACUACGGCCAACCUACGGCUAAUACUCGGAACAGCCCAAGCACAACAUUCUGGAUGAUAGAAGACAAUCCACUGGACGUAUUCCCCGUCGAGGGCUUCCCAGGAUCCUGCGCUUUCCCUCAGAUUACGAGUGCUGGGCUUGAAGAUUCGUGGCAACAUGGACGCGAUAUUUUUGAGGUGUAUCAUGACCUUUUGGGGUUUUUGCCUGAUACGCUAGACUCACAAAAGAUGCAUUUCAGGGUUACUAAUAAUGUGAUUACGAGUCAAGUCAUUGGUAUGGUAAUUGCGGGGAUGUACGAUGUGCAGAAUAACGUGCCGUUGCAUGUUCAGAAAAAGGGCAUCGACUCGCUGGAGCCUCAGUAUCCCUGCCCCGGUGGCUCUUAUAUAUUCGAUACCAUAAAAGACUCUGACAUAGGCUCCACGCCAUGGACAAGACAUCUCGAAAAGACCGCAGAGCUGUUCAAAUCACUAGAUCUCGUUUCCGGGGUCCCUCCAGACGCAAAAGGCUGGCAUGCCAACUAUGACCACUAUUUCGACAGCCUCUCGUCACGGCUCUGCCAUUCUAAGCCUCUACCCUGCAGUCCAGGUAACCCGUCACAAUGCAUAUCGCAGUCCCAAGCCAACGCAGUCCUCCGUCUUGGCCAGUGGGAGUAUUCAUACCUAUACCGUGGCGCCCCAGCGUCACUAACCGCCAGCACAGCUCUGUACGGAGUUUUCGUUGCUGAACUGGCCCAACACAUUCGCACCCAAAUCGACAUUCUUUCGUCGCCUAACAAUGAUGACGAUUCAAGCAGAGUGGUAUACACCCACAACGUCGCCCACGACGGAAGUAUUUCUCGUCUUCUUUCCAUUCUGCAGAUUAAGAACAUGGUCUGGCCGGGUAUGGGCGCCGAGCUUGUUUUUGAGUUGUAUCGAAACAACAUACAGAAAACCCAGGGGGAUCAAAAAUUCUCGGUGCGUGUUCUUUGGGGAGGUCGGGUGCUGGAAAGCUCGAAUCCGGAGCUGCAAGGUUCGGAGGACGGCAUGUUGAGGGCUGAGAAGCUGCUGGAGUACUUUGAUUCUUUGGUGGGACGGGGAGGGAAGAGUGUUUUGGGGUUGUGUCGAUGA